UCGUGAUAGUGGGACAUAUGAUGGCGACACGCGAUCUUUUUAGCGUCCAGCACAUGGGAGAACUCUGAGUAUUUAGAAGACUAGGAGUCUUGUGCGCUACCGGUGGGCAGAGAAUAGGGAGCGCGACAGUUAAGUUUUAUAGGAAUUGGGGAAGCGCAGUACAGAGAUAGAGAUAGAGAGAGAGAGAGAGAGAGAGAGAGAUCUUAUCUCGCAGCCUCACCGGACUGCAUCCCGCAAUUUUCACCGUGGUAGAAUGAUCAUGUCGGGUAGCAGAGGGACUUUAGGCUUCCUCAUCUACGCGCUCCUGGUGCAGUGCAGUGCGUCCUCUCCGCUCAGACUGGAGACUGCAGCUUAUGAUGAAGAUGGCACUUCAUUAGCAGACAUGGCUUUUGACUCAGAGCAGAUCGCACUCAGAAGCUCCCCAUCAGGGACAGAUGAUGUCUACGAGAUCAUUUCUCCUCCAGAAAAAAGAACGGAAAGACAUGCAGACGGGAUGUUUAAUAAAGCCUACAGGCAAGCGUUGGGUCAGUUAUCAGCCCGGAAAUACCUGCAUUCUCUGAUGGCAAAACGCGUAGGAGGAGGCAGUGCUAUGGAUGAGGCAGACACACUGGCUAAGCGCCACUCGGACGGCGUGUUCACUGACAGCUACAGCCGCUACCGGAAGCAAAUGGCCGUGCGGAAAUAUCUGGCCGCGGUCCUCGGCAAAAGCCCUGAAGACUUAGAUUUGCACCAAUUUCUACAAGGCAUAGACAUUGGGGAGCUCCCGGAUGGGGAUGAGUUUGAGGCAUUUAUGAGCAACUGGCUGAGGCUCCUGGCUUUGUGACGCAGGAGGGCAGCUUGCAGCUCGGGUGCCUUUGCUUCGACUUUAAAAAUGGCCACCAAUCUCAGAUGGCACGUUAGUGGCCCUCCAAUGCUGCACAUCACCUGCUCACACUCUUUCCAUUUCACUGGAUCACAUAACUUUCAUUCAGUGGUCACCUGGCCCACUCUAUUUUGUUUGACUUCCUGCACCAUUUCCUGUUCUUUGUCUUAGCUUCACUAUGCAUAGUGUGUAUUUGAUAGCAGAGUAGAAAUCAUAGGACACUCACACUGAAAUUCAUCCUGUGUGUAACGUCUGAAAGCGCCUGAAGCCUUACUUUAGAUGAAUCUUAAAUAAACAAACCUAUUUCUUGUGUAGAUAAAUAGUAGAUUCUAAAAAAAAUGGGAACCACAAAAGAGAUCACCAGUAAAAAAAAAAAUGUCAAAAAUAAGGUGUUGUAAGAUUUGUAUGAAUAAAU